UAAACAUGUCAACUUUGAACGAGUCUCAAUCGAGUUCUGACGACGAUGAUGCGAAUUUGGAAGCGUUAAAGGAAGCUACGGACUCUCAGUUUCUAAAAGAUUCCUUAUUUUUCAACAAGACUGAAACUGGAAAUGACGUAGAAGCUGAAAAACCUGUAUUACCAAAAUCGUUGCGGCGAAACGUCGAAUUGAUGAAAGAAUGCAACAAGUUUGGAGUGUCUCAAGAUUUCAAAAAUUUUGUGGCAAAACAACUGGCCAAAUCUUUAGAUAAAUCUGUCCAAGAAGUCGUCUACGAAAAUUCCAGCAUUUCAAAGCGAAAGAAAAGUAAAAACAAAUCAUCAGGGAUAAGAUUAUUGAGGAACUCGAAAGUAAAUUUAAGCCAUGUCCAGGAGGAAAAUUUCAACUAUGCAAAAAUAUAUAAAAGAAAAACUAAAGACGAUUCCGUUGAGCACAUUUGUAGGUGUAAAGAAGCUGCCAUUGAACCAGAUUUGAUUUUGUCCAAAGCCGGUACCUUAGCGUGGGCAGAAACAACAAAGGGGACUUUAUACAAAUACAGAACACAGGAUAACGGAGUUCUGACAGAAAUCAGUCAACACUGAAUUCCAACUGUCUUUUCUUUGUUAGAUAAUUUGUAACAGUUCGUACUUUGCUGUGAAAUUAAGUUUCAAAUAUAGAGGUAUUGAAACUUCGAGUUCAAGUCAAAGAAAACGUUAACAAUAAAUUCAAUGAAUAUUGUUGAUAAAGUUUA